AAAUCCUCAGGGCAAUAUUGGAGCAGCCUACCUAAUGAUCCACCUUCCUGACUCUUCCUAACAUAAAGCCUGGAAUAAUAAAAGUGAUUUAAAUGCCAUAGCAUAUUUGAAAUCAAGCUGUUCUUCCAUGGAAUACUCAUGGCCUGAGGAAAAUGUCACAGGGCUGCCUUCUCUACUCACCAGGAGGAAGGGUUUCUCACCAUGGCCAUAACACAGUUUCGGCUCUUUAAAAUCUGUACUUGCCUGGCAGCUGUGCUUUCUUUUAUUAAAAAGUUAAUAUGCAGGUCUGGAAGAGGGCGAAAGUUAAGUGGAGACCAAAUAACUUUGCCAACAACAGUGGAUUAUUCAUCUGUUCCCAAACAGCCAGAAGUAGAAGACUGGUCUUCAUGGGAUGAAGAUGCACCUACCAGUGUGAAGAUUGAAGGUGGCAAUGGUAAUGUGGCAGCUCAGCAAAAUGCUGUGGAACAGAUGGAACCCGAUUAUUUUAAAGAUAUGACACCAACUAUAAGAAAAACUCAAAAAAUAGUUAUUAAAAAACGAGAGCCUUUAACUUUUGGAGUUCCAGAAGGAAACACAGGAUUCUCUAGCAGAUUAGCAGCUACACAAGAUAUUCCUUUUAUUCACCAGUCUCCUGAAUUGGGAGACUUGGAUACUUGGCAAGAAAAUACUAAUGCCUGGGAAGAAGAGGAAGAUGCUGCCUGGCAGGCAGAAGAAGUUCUUAGACAACAGAAGUUAGCAGAAAGGGAAAAAGAGCAGCAGAACAACAACGAAAGAAAAUGGAGAAAGAGGCCCAAAGGUUAAUGAAAAAGGAACAGAACAAAAUUGGUGUAAAACUCUCCUAACAGUAACAAGGCAACGGUGGAAGGAUUCCACCUCUACAACAUGCAUACUGGUAUUAAUUUAAGUGUUUCCAGGACUUCAACUCGCUGCUUGGUUUCAGUGCAUUCUUCAAGUCAUCUUGGAAGCCAGAAUUCUCCGAAAAUAUCUUGAACUACUAAGAGGGAGAUCUCCAAGGGGGGGAAAAAAAAAACCCGAAACCAUACAAAAUCAUGCCUUGAUGGAAUGAAAUUUCCUACAAUAUUUCUAUUCCAGUACCCUUCUUUGCAGCAAACAUGAUUGAGCAAAAGUGAUUGAGAGACGCUCUUAAUGAACAGCUUGAGCCUAGAGAAAAGAAUGUAAAUAUUCUGUGGUGGGGAAUCUACUGUACUGUCUGUGCUUACCUGAAACAUGUAAUUAAACAGUUUUAAAGAACCUUUUGCUUCUUACCUGA